UUGACAUUAGCCUUCAGUUUAGAUUAAAGAUUUCGGCUAAAAGGCAUUUCGUUAAAAAAUAUAAAAAAAUGUGGUUUUUUAAUAAGUGUAACCGACAUAAUGAUGAAUGUGAAUGUUUCUUAAUGUCGAGAUUUUAACAAACUGUUGCGAUUUGUAGUGUCACUUUUGGUUAAUCAGUUCAGAAAAAGGUUUUAUAGAAAUACUAUAGAAGCCAUACAUACAUAAUCAUCUACUGUUAUAAUUUGACACAGUACGGUACAUAAUGCCAAUCAAUUUUACGUAAGAGUAUACACUUUUCUCAAUUAGAGAAAAGUUAGUUAAAUACAAUUACAUCUAGUCAAAAUAUUGAUGAUUAAAAUAAUAAAAAUUAAUAGCAAACACAUAUAUAUAUAGAAAAUGGCACAAAUACAGAUUAAAAUAGAGCCUGAAGAAGAAGACGAUUCUAUGGAUGUGGAAGUGAGUUUAAAAAUGGAAAAUGGAGAUGAGAGCCAAUCGGCUGUGAGCAUUACUUCACAACAUUUAUUAGAAGAGAAUGUAGUUGUGAUUAAAGAGGAAUUACGAGAUAAUAUAGAUGUAAAGAUAGAACCUCUAGAUAUUAAAGAUACUAAUGAAGAAGAUGGGGCUUUAGAUGAGAAACAGGGAAUAUAUUACGAAAGUGAACCCGAAGAUCUCUCGGUACGGAAGCCCACCAGUUAUAGCUCUGGAGAUGAAGAUAAAUCACAAGGUUCUGAUCUGGACUUCCUCCUGCCACUCGCUGAGGACAAGACAAAGGAACCAAAUGUGAAGCCUACGUUCAAUGGAAAAAUUAGAAAGGACAAGGAACAGAAAUAUUCAGACGAGAUAACGAAACACAUAGAGAUAGUGACUAUAGAUGAACCGGCCCGUCAGCUGGAACACCGCGAACUGCUGGCGGGCCGGCUGCACAUGAACUACACCUGUGAACCUUGCGCGCUCGGGUUCGUCGUGGAGGAAGCGUACGUCAUGCACAUGAAAAUACACUCGCCGGAGAAUGGUCCACACGAGUGCAGUAUAUGCAAGUCUCGAGUCAAAUCCCUGGACGUGUUGUAUCGUCACCGACUGCGUCACUACCGCCGCUACCGCUGCGCCAUCUGCCGGCUUCAGUUGCGUGAUAAAGACACGGUCGCCGCUCACGUCAUGAGAGAACACUUGGGAUCCGCUUUCCUUUGCACGCAUUGCGGCAGAGGGUUCAAACGUCCACAAUAUCUGAAGCGUCACGUGGAACAGAUGCACACUCGCCCGCUCCACCUGGAGUGCCCCGUGUGUCACAGGGUGUUCUACGAGCGAGGCUGGUACAGGUGUCACGUUAGAACCCACAACGAGCAAGUAAAGCAGCGAGCUGAUCGUAAAGCGGUGUGUUCGCACUGCGGGCGCGAGUUCAGAAAUAAGUCGUAUUUGAUACGACAUCUUCAGACUCACGAGGAUCGACGACAGGUGCGGUGUCCGCAGUGCGCGCGCUCAUUCAAGAAUAAUGAGGUGUUGAGAGUUCAUAGACGACAGCAUCACACCGAGAACCCCUCCAGAUACAGCCUCGACAGCGACGGCUUUAAGAUUUACCCUUCAACUCUAUCGGGACCAGCGAGUACAACCUGCGAGCAAUGCGGCCGAGUGCUCACCACACGCGCGAUGCUCACGAGACACGUUAACAGGAUGCACACGGACAGGACCAAGAAGUUCCAAUGUGAUUACUGCAAACGUCACUACUUCUCGAAAGCGGAGGUCCGUUCUCACAUCGAGUGGACCCACCUCCAGCAGCGGCGACACGCGUGCACCUGCGGGCGAGUGUUCCGUACACCGGCUCGCCUGAGGGCCCACGCGUGCGCCGUACACCUCAGGAUACAGCAGCCGAGGGACAAGACGUGCCCCGUCUGCGGCAAGAUGUUCGCGAACCAGCAGGUGUUGACGCGUCACAUCCGGGGUCACUCCGGAGAGACCUACCCCUGUACGGAGUGCGGGCAGUCCUUCAAAACACAAUCCUACGUAAAGAUACACUACAAGAUAAAACAUCUAAAUAUGACGCGAGCGGAAAUUAAGGCUCAGAGCAAAAGGAAACUGAUCAUGUUGGAGAACGUAGACGAGAGUAUGAGCGCCAAGAUAAAGAAGAAGAAGAGCUUAAAGAAGGAUCCCUUGAAUAUAGAGGGGGCUGUCAGGAUAAAGAAGGAGAUAACAGAGCUCACGGUACCUCUAUUUGAAACGUUCGUUGAUAUACAAAGGGAGUAUUGAAUGUUAGUCAGGUAAUAGACAAUAUAGAGGGCGCCCAGUGUCGGGGACUGGCGCUCUAUGGUACGUCAUAGUCGUUUUUGAUUCGGUAGAAAUAUUUUAAUUCGAAUUAAGUACAAAGCGCUCGUAAACAAGUCUGGCGUGAUGCAAUGUUCGUUGAUCUCUUAAUCGUAAGCACAGAAUAAUGUCUUUAUAGCGAAUAUAAUUAUGGCAAAAUUAAUUUUAAUUACGUUGAUAUGAAAAGCAAUACAAGCGAUGCAAUAUAGGAAAUACGAAGCUAUAAGUAUAUAGUCACGAAUCUCGAAGAUGAGAAAAUUAUUCCAAGCAAACGAGGCCCACACAAACCAGGCAGGGUAUGUAGGCAGGAACCGAUACAUGUUAUUGAUAGAAUUUAAUAUGGAACUAUUUAUAAUACGAUGAUCUCGGUAGUGUAGACUAUAGACCUAGUUAGUUAGUUAGUAGUUUAGAAGAUUCCUUAGCGUAUAGGCUAUAUGAAGGUUUCUUGUGAGGUUCAUGAGCGAGGGAUUUUAUGUUAUGAUUAUUAAUGGCAGAUGUUUAUUUAUAUGAAAGGUAAUUUUAUUUUUGUUCCGUUACGUGUUAUAUGAAUAAUUCGAUUUAUAUUAUAUUUAUAACCAAAAGUAGAUUCAAUUCUGGUAAGUUCGGUGGCGCGUUGUACAAACAUUUUAAUAUAUAUAUAUGAAACUAUUA